AGCACAUCGAAAGGAGCCUGGGCUGGGCCCGGGUCCCGGCCCUGAGGACCACGGGCAUAGCUCACCACCAUCACCGCGGGCGAGGGCCGUCCCUUCCCAGCGACGAAAUGACCCUUGCGCUGGCGACCGUUACCUACCACACUCUUCGGCUGCCCGGACUUAGACCCUCAGUAGCUCGGGCACCUAAGCACACAGAAAGCUAGAACACGCAUUUCCGGGGCGGGAUCUGGCCGCCCUGCCUAUAAAUGUGAGAAUUCAACUAGCGCGGGCCGCCUUCUGGUCGCUCAGCCCUCUGGGUAGGGAAGUCCAGAGUGUGUUAAGCGGGAGGGUGUUCGGCUAUGAGAAAACUACAUUUCCCAGCAUAGUGUCUUGCUGGUGGACACUACAUUUCCCAGAAUAGAGUUGGCCCCGCGGAGUUCUCUUGGGUGGGAACCAUGCCGCUUCCCAGCCUCAGUUCCUGGAGUGAAGCGCGAACCUUUCAACAAGAGCUUUAUUGAUUCUCUUGCUGGGAUCCGGGAACGCGAUGGAGGCGGCCAAUUGCUCCCUGCGGGUGAAGAGACCCCUACUGGAUCCCCGCUUCGAGGGCUACAAGCUGUCUCUGGAGCCGCUGCCCUGCUACCAGCUGGAGCUUGAUGCAGCUGUGGCAGAAGUAAAACUUCGGGAUGACCAGUAUACAUUGGAGCAUAUGCAUGCUUUUGGAAUGUAUAAUUACCUGCACUAUGAUGUCUGGUAUCAAGACAGUGUCUACUACAUUGAUAACCUUGGAAGAAUUAUGAAUUUAACAGUGAUGCUGGACACUGCCUUAGGAAAACCUCGAGAAGUGUUCCGACUUCCUACAGAUGUGACAGCAUAUGACAAUCGUCUUUGUGCAUCUAUUCAUUUCACAUCCCCUGCCUGGGUUACCUUGUCAGAUGGAACAGGAAGACUGUAUGUCAUUGGAACAGGUGACCGUGGAAAUAGUCCUGAAAAAUGGGAGAUUAUUUUUAAUGAAGAGCUUGGGAAUCCUUUUAUUAUAAUUCACAGCAUCUCAUUGCUGAAAGCUGAAGAACAUUCAGUAGCUAUCCUGCUUCUUCGAAUAGAGAAGGAGGGGUUGGACUUGAAAGGAAGUGGCUUCUAUGUUUCUUUGGAGUGGGUCACUGUCAGUAAGAAGAAAGAAGAUAAUAACAAGUAUGAAAUUACAAAGCGUCAUGUUUUCCAUGGAAAGUCAGUUCCGCAUUAUGCAGCGAUUGAGCCUGAUGGAAACGGCCUAAUGAUUGUAUCCUACAAGUCCUUCCAGGGUGUUGCAGUAGGUCACGAUCUUGACGACAGUAUGGAUGAAGACAGGUCUGAGAAAAUGAAAGUAGAACCUCUGUAUUACUGGCAACAAACUGAGGAUGAUUUGACAGUGACAGUAAGACUUCCAGAAAACAGUACUAAGGAAGAUAUUCGAAUACAGUUUUUGCCUGAUAACAUCAACAUUGUGCUGAAGGAUGUCCAGGUUUUGGAAGGAAAACUCCAUUCAUCUAUUGAUCAUGAAAGCAGUACAUGGACAAUUAAAGAGAAUGAUAGCUUGGAGAUUUCCUUGAUUAAGAAGAAUGAAGGACUAACAUGGCCAGAGCUGGUAGUUGGUGAUAAACAAGGAGAACUUAUAAGAGACCCUGCCCAGUGUGCUGCAAUAGCGGAACGCUUGAUGCACCUCACCUCUGAUGAGCUGAAUCCGAGUCCAGAAAAAGAAAAGCCUCCUUGUAAUGCUCAGGAAUUAGAAGAAUGUGACAUUUUCUUUGAAGAAAGCUCCAGUUUAUGCAGAUUUGAUGGCAAUACAUUAAAGACAACUCAUGUGGUGAAUCUUGGCAGCAACCAGUACCUGUUCUCAGUCACUGUGGAUCCUAAAGAAAUGCCCUGCUUCUGUCUACGCCAUGAUGUCGAUGCUCUCCUCUGGCAGCCACACAGCAGCAAGCAGGACGACAUGUGGGAGCACAUUGCGACCUUCAAUGCACUAGGUUACGUCCAAGCAUCAAAAAGAGACAAGAAAUUUUUUGCCUGUGCUCCAAAUUAUUCUUAUGCAGCCCUUUGUGAGUGCCUUCGCCGGGUGUUCAUCUAUCGGCAGCCUGCUCCCAUGUCCACCGUGCUUUACAACAGAAAGGAGGGCAGGCAUGUGGGGCAGGUUGCUAAGCAGCAAGUAGCAAGCCUAGAAACCAAUGAUCCUAUUUUAGGCUUUCAGGCGACAAACGAGAGAUUGUUUGUUCUCACCACCAAAAACCUGUUUUUAAUAAAAGUAAAUACAGAGAACUAAUCCUCCAACAUUUCUCUGAAAAGUAUCCAGUGGUACCUGGAAGGCUGAACAGUUGUGCUACAACUUGAUAAGUUUCCAUGUGUUAAAUAAAAAUAUCUUUUAUGAAGUUUUAUUUUUAAAGGAUAUUGGAAAUGUAUUCAAGAGAUUAUGAAUCUGUAAAAGCUACAGGAUAGGUGAAGCUAUGGAUUUAGAGAAUAUUAGCUUCUGUUAAAAAUACAAACAUAUUGACAAAUACAGUUAUUUUUUAAAACCUGA